UUGUUUACUUUGUGUUGAGCUUUUAAGUUCCUAAGAAGAAAUGUCAAUGUCAAAAAUGCAGUGCGAAUGCAUCAAGUUUGGUUUGUUGAAUUAAAAUAAAAACAAAAGAAGUAUUAAUGAAAAGAAGAUUAAUGGUGAAAAUAACUUAAAACCUUUUACUUUUGUAACAACACAGUGCUAUAUGAAAAGAGUUGUCACUAAUAAACUUUUAUAAAAGUUACUUUACUUCUUGUUUAUGUUAUUGUUUACUUAUUACGAUGGAAAGGCGUAAGGCAAGCCCUGAGCAGUUGAAUAUGCUCCUGCACUUCUUAGAGGAAGAUAAAGAGUUGGCAAUAGGUAAAUUCACAGGCUUGGAAGGUAGAGUUAGACAAACAAAUGCUUGGAUCAAAAUUACCGAAAAACUCAAUGCCAACUCGGGCUUCGGAUCUGGUGCUAUAAAGACUCCUGAUAAAUGGCAACAGACAUGGCGUGAUUGGAAAUCUAAUGUUAAGAAGAAAGCUUUUAAGAUCCGCAAAAAUCGCUUUACUCCUGGAUGCAAUACAAGUACUCAGUUGACAGAUUCUGAAGAGAAGAUUCUUAAGCUGAUUUGUACAAAUACUUCUGUGUUUGGACUUCCGGGAGUGGCUGAAACUUCAGCAGUCUCUUCAAAUCAUAUGGUUCCAUCUCAGAGUAAUGUAUCAAAUGAGAUAUGCAGUUCUGAUCCGUCAACCAGCAGUAUGAAAUGGCCAUCAGAUCCACAACAUUUUAUACAAGCGGACAUGGACAUGAGCUUAGAGGAUGGAGUAGGGGGUGAUAUGGACCAAGCCAUGGGGUCUAAUGAGGUGUCAUCUGCCCCAGUUACUGGAAAGCCUUUGUGGAAAAGGGGGAGACCAGUCAGACUGGUACAUGACAGACUUUUGAACUUAGAAGAAGAGAGGAUUAGAAUAGAAAAACAAAAGCUUUUAGAAAAGAAGAGAUGCAAUAAUAUAAGACUGAAAAUGGAGAAGGAUAGACUUGAGAUUGAGCGGCAAAGGAAUAUGCUAUUAGAAAAACUACUGGUUGCUGUAGAAGCUGUAGCACAUAGAUGACUUCCACUAUUUUAAUGAUACAAGUAUUAUUCGUUUUAUAUUGUGUUGUACACCAUUUAAUUAGAUUAAAAUUGUGAUAAUAAUUAAAUUAUACAUUAUACAGAG